AUGGGCAUCUUCGCGUGGAAGCUGCCCUGGCUGGCGAUGCGCGUCCAGCGCCAUGGCCCUCCGACCCUCGCCGCAGCUCCCGUGUCGGAGCAGUGUUGGUCAGUGCAGGGAUACGAGGCAAACCGCCAGUACUUCGCGACGAACAAGGCCGCAAAUCAGCGGGACCUGACCCGCAGUUCCGGCCGCUCUUCCUGCCAGGCGGCUCCUGGGCGAGCCUGGAGAGCCGAGCCCCGCCGCCCGGCGCCCUGCAGGUGUGCGGCGCCGGAGGCCACGCCCGCCGCGCCGCCGGCGGAGCCCCCGAGCGGGCCGCCCCCGAAGGGGCCGAGCUCGGAGGCGGACGCCGGCUGCAGUGUCCCCAGCUCCUACGUCACCACCGCGCCCGGAGGGCAGGGUGAGCUGGGGGCCCAGCGCGUCGCAGCAGGCCAGCUGCCUGUCGUGCCUGCGGUGGACGACAACCAGUGGUGGUCGCUCGAGGAGGAGCGGCAGAAGCUCUUGAUGGAGUUGGCGUCAGUGCAGGAGAGCCGGCGCGCUCUGGCCACCUCGCUCCAGACCGCCCCAGCCCAGCCGGUGCCCGGACCUCGCUGA